CCAGCAUAAGCUUAGCUACUUUCAAGAAGUAAACAAGCAACCCACAACCCAAUCAACAUGUUCAAGUUGGCUGUCCUCGCCGCCAUUUUGGCUGUCGCUACCGCUGCCCCUGGUGGUCUCACCGGCAUCGUCGCUGACCACGGGAUCGGCCCAAUCACGGCUCCAGUGGUUCUCAGCCACGCCGCGGCCCUGCCAGCUGCCCACGUGAUCGCCCAGCCCGUCGCUCCCAUCGUCCGUACCGCUCCCAUCGUCACCAAGUCUGUCCUGACCGCCGCUCCCCUACCCCUCCUUGCAGCUCAUGGCUUGCAUUAGAUAACAGCUGAUUCUAUCUUACCACCACCAAGUCACGACGAGACAGCCCCCCCACCACCCACUCCCUCCACCUAGAAAACACACACACGCAUACACACGCCCCUCUUAAUUCCUCGUAAAUCGUCCCCACCCGAAAAAACAACAAAAAAAUGAAGAUAUAAGAAGAAAAGAAAUUGAAGGAGCACGAAGGGAAGGAUCGAUCACAGCUCGAGGAUGGAACGAGAAGAACAGCUG